CGCUCCGCCGGCUGCAUCAUGCCCGCGCUGUCGGCCGCCUCCGCGAGCGACGCAGGUCUGUAUGAGCUGCUGGCUGCAUUGCCAGCCCAGCUGCAGCCACAUGUGGACAGCCAGGAAGACCUGACCUUCCUCUGGGAUAUGUUUGGUGAAAAAAGCCUUCAUUCACUGGUGAAGAUUCAUGAAAAACUACAUUAUUAUGAAAAGCAGAACCCAGUGCCCAUCCUGCACGGUGCAGCAGCCUUGGCAGAUGAUCUGGCUGAGGAGCUGCAGAGCAAACCGCCGAACAGCGAGAUCAGGGAGCUGCUGAAGCUGCUGGCAAAGCCCAAUCUCAAGGCUUUGCUCUCUGUGCAUGAUACCGUGGCUCAGAAGAACUACGAUCCUGUGUUGCCUCCCAUGCCCGACGAUAUCGAUGAGGAAGAAGAUUCGGUUAAAAUAAUCAGACUUGUCAAAAACAGGGAACCGUUGGGGGCUACUAUUAAAAGAGAUGAAAAUACUGGGGCAAUUGUAGUGGCCAGGAUAAUGCGUGGAGGUGCUGCAGACCGAAGUGGUCUUAUACAUGUCGGUGAUGAACUCAGGGAGGUCAAUGGGAUUCCUGUAGAUGAUAAAAAACCUGAAGAAAUAAUACACAUUUUGGCUCAAUCUCAAGGAGCAAUUACGUUUAAAAUUAUACCUAGUGUGAAGGAAGAAGCCCCAGCAAAGGAAGGCAAGAUGUUUAUCAGAGCCCUGUUUGACUAUGAUCCUAAUGAGGAUAAAGCAAUUCCCUGUAAAGAAGCUGGACUUGCUUUCAGAAAAGGAGAUAUCCUUCAGAUCAUGAGCCAGGAUGAUGCAACCUGGUGGCAGGCCAAACACGAAGGUGAUGCCAAUCCCCGAGCAGGCUUAAUCCCUUCAAAGCAUUUCCAGGAGAGGAGAUUUGCACUGAGAAGACCAGAAGUGCAGAUUCAGCCCCUGAAAAUUUCCAACAGAAAAUCAUAUGAGGAAGCGGUUGAGUGUGAGGAAAUUGAAGAAGAUGGUGAAUGUGCUGGCCACAACAGUGGAGCCCAUCUAGCUGGUUUUAGAAGAAGUUUUCGUCUUAGCAGAAAAGACAAAAAAACAAACAAAUCUAUGUAUGAGUGCAAGAAGAGUGAUCAAUAUGAUACAGCAGAUAUCCCAACAUAUGAAGAAGUUGCAAAAUAUCGACGACAACCUAAUGAAAAAUACAGGCUUGUAGUUUUGGUUGGUCCUGUAGGGGUUGGACUCAAUGAGCUUAAACGGAAAUUGCUGAUCAGUGAUACGCAGCACUAUGGGGUAACAGUGCCACACACUACCAGAGCAAGAAGAAGCCAAGAAAGUGACGGUGUUGAGUACAUUUUCAUUUCCAAGCACUUGUUUGAGACAGAUGUACAGAAUAACAAGUUUAUUGAGUAUGGUGAAUAUAAGAACAACUACUAUGGUACAAGUUUAGACUCCGUUCGGUCUGUUCUGGCUAAAAACAAAGUUUGUUUGUUGGAUGUGCAGCCUCAUACAGUGAAACACUUACGGACAUAUGAAUUUAAACCAUUUGUUAUAUUUAUAAAGCCUCCAUCACUUGAACGUUUGAGAGAGACCAGAAAAAAUGCAAAGAUUAUUUCAAGUAAAGAUGAUAGGGGAACUGCAAAACCCUUUACAGAAGAAGAUUUUCAAGAAAUGAUUAAAUCUGCUCAGGUGAUGGAAGGCCAGUACGGCCAUCUCUUUGAUAAGGUGAUAGUCAACGAUGACCUUGCUACUGCUUACAGUGAGCUCAAAACAACUUUUGACAGGUUGGAGACUGAGACCUUCUGGGUUCCCGUCAGCUGGCUGCAUUCGUAACAUUGAAAUGGGCAGAACUCCUGGUGAUGGCUCCGAAUCCRAAUAUGGUGCAUUUUUAGGCAUUCUUUACUUGCUGUGUUCUUGGUAGGAGGGCUUUACAACUCUUAAUGGCAGAGCAGGUACAGUCUUCCUGUGCUUGAAACAUUGGUCUUGUUUUUCGGUGUCUUCAGUCAUUCUGUGCAGAAUUUUGGGGCAGUACAGUCAGGUUUAACCCUCUCUUCACACUCCAGAAAGGGAGCUAACCCUAGUGUAACAAAACUGCCAAACACCUCCUUGUUAUUCCUAAGUCUGUCUCCAAGGCAUGUCUUUUUAAUAGAGAGUUAGCAGGAGAUAGUAAUUAAUUCUAGAGAUCAGCACUUUGAUAGUUUUAAAUGUAACUACUCUYAUAAAAAGCACAUCAGUGCUUGGCAGUUGAGUGCUUGAGAGAACGGAAACAGGCAAAAGUGACCAACAUUUUUUAUGAGGAAGACAUCAUAGUUUAAUUAAAUUAUCAAGAUAAGUCUUUUUACUUUUUUAGAUGUGAACCUCGUCUUACAUGUACAGACUGAUUUUAAUAUUCCUUUGCACUUAYGAAAUGCAAUUUGUAUUCAGUGGCUCGAUUGUGGAAUACUCUGCUAGGAGCAUGCAUGGAUUGGAAAUAUUUUCACGCAUGCUUUGUGGCAAAACAUGGGAAUAUUUAUUGAAAUAGGGUAAAGUUACUAUGUAUAUAACUUUCAAAUCUUUCUUUGGGAUUAAUCUUCUGUAAUAUCAGUGAUAUGUUGGUAGGAGCAACAGAAAGGAGAGAAAACAUUUUUUCUUUUAUUUCAAACAUUUUUAGCAUCCUUUAGAAUAUUGGAAAAUUUCUGAUGGGAAAAGUAAUUAUUGAGGAAACAUUUGAGAUCUUGGAAGCAGUUGCAAUAAAUUAAUUCUUUCUAUGUUUUGUAUGUGAUGUUACAUUUUUUUCAUAGUGUUAACAGACAUUAAAAUGAAUGCUGUAAAUUUCAGUAUAAAGCUAUACUUGCCACUGCUCAGACAGUUAGAAACCUCAAAAUAAAUUUCACUUGGCAGUGUAAGCAAAUGUAUAAUAGAUUAUAUUAUAGAUAAUCUGGUAAAUCUCUUUUAUUUACUACUGAUAUGCAGGAAAUCUGUAAAGACCAAGUAACACCUGUGUGCUAAUUGUGUUGUGAGUAUGUGUUACAAGUGCAGAAUGUGUAUAUGAACUUGCUCUCUUCUUCAUAUCAUCACAUCUGUGGCAUUCAGACGGGAAACAGAGUUAUUUCAUGUUAAUCUGUAAAGAGAGUAUAGCUGUCUUGCUUAAAGAGAAAAAAGAAUUUAGUGAAACUUUAUAUAUUUAUGAAGGGGUUUAAAAGGGAUGUUAAGUUUUUUUGUUUCUUGUCAGUGUGAUCAUUUAUGAAAUGGAUUACUAGAUCCCUGUAGCUGAAACACUGUCUUGUAAAUUGAGUUCAACAUUCCAUGUAAAUACUCGUUUUAUACGCUGAUGAAGCCAUCUGAUUUUUCUGUUGUAUUCUAAAUGCAUAUUUAGGCAUAUUUAACGUGUGGGUCAUUGCGUUUGGCAGAAAGCUGUAUAAACCUAAUGAAAGGCAAGCAACAAGAGCAAAAUCCCUAGGAGUCUGGAAAUGUUUAUGCAAGAGUUGCAGACGUACUGAGUCUCGGUGCAGAUACCUGCUGUUUGAACAACUACAAUGUAACUUUUGUCAAAUUUCAUCAUUUUUUCUGGUGGACUUAAUCUUUUUCGUAACCUAAAUAGAAAUUUGUUGAUUAAAKUAAUUGCGUGCAGAUUGCAAUGUGGGUUGAAAACAUGUUUUCUAUUUUUUUAUUGCUGAAAAUGGAACUAAUUUUCGGGAGCUCUGGUAUUCAGCAUGUCUGUCUCCACCUGCAAGGUGCUGGGGCCUCUCUCCAUCUCUUGCAGCUACCCAGAGCUGGGAGAGCACYGUGCAGCUCUCAGGAUCUGGCCCUUUUCAACAAGAGGAGCUUUAGUUUUUAAUGAAACACUCUGUUAGCUCUGCUUCUAACCCAGGGUGUCUCGAUGCAUUAGUGCAGAAUAACUUUCACAUAAGGGACCUGCUUUUCUCCUUAAGAAAUAKAUGCUAGAAUAGAUGCUAGGGAAAACUGCCCUUUUUGGACCAGUCCUGACUGUCCUGAAGGCUUUUUCCUGUCCUCUUAAAAUGAUUUUCAGUCCCACUCCUGGGUCGCCGUGUUCUUGGAGGACUUUCUGCAGCAGGUUGGCAGUGUCGGGCAGCAGUGACCAGCGCGGCGCUCGGUGCCUUGCAGAGACACCGACCCUCUGAUCCCAGCACAGUCCCAGCAGGAGUUUCCUAGACAGAUGCCUGCCCACCCCUGUCUCCAAGCCAGAAGCUAAUUCCUGACUUAGAGCACCUGCAAAAGACAGGGAACCCCCGAUGUGUCCAGCAAACAGUAAAAUGUGUGCUGAGUCUUUUAGGAGUGAGAAAUAAUUUUAAGAGAAUUAACUAGAUUUCCCUUCAAAAGCAACGUUGCUGCAGUGGUUGCCUACCAGCAAACCCAGGAGCCGUGGGCCUGUGGGAGGGAGGUGUAGGCGACUGUCCCACCAAGGCACAAAAAGUCUUAGCCCAAGAGAUGGGACGGGACAGGAGGGUGCGUGGGGCAGUGGCCUCGCUCCUGAGCUGCCCAUAAGGUGCUCUCUGUUCCUCUUAACUUCUAAGAACUUGUGAAUGAAGAUGACUACAUGUAUUUCUAAUACUACACAUAUCGAGUUGUGCUGUGYGGGUUUUUAGAGAAYUGUAUGUUUUGACAGUCAAGUCCAGAUACUGUGUUUUAGCCAUUUACCGUAGUCAAGCAAAUGUUUGUUU